AUGGCCCUGCAAGCAGCUGAAAGUCCGGUCAGAAAUCAUUGCGUGACACCGUUCGUUCUUCUUCCAGACCCCCGACAGUGGACCAGAGACAACGUGGCCCACUGGCUGCGUCACGUGACCGCUGCCCACGGCUUGCCCGAGGUGCCGCCCACGCGAUUCCUCAUGAACGGCAAGGCCCUUUGUCUGAUGUCGCCCGGCAUGUUCCUCAGCCGCGUGCCCUUGGGCGGCAAGCUGCUCUACAAGGACUUCCAGCUGCGACUGUGCUCCGCCCUCUACUCGAGAAGCUGA